GGAAUUGGCCUGGGAUCUUGGGAAAGGGAGUGGGAUCUGCUGUGGAUUUUGGGAAAGGGCUGGGAUCAUCCCGUGAUCACCAGGAAAGGGGCUGGAAUGUGCCUGGGAAUUUGGGAGAGGAGGGGGAAGUGGCAAAAUCCCUUGGAUUUUGGGAAAGGGGUUGAAAGGUGUUAGGGAUGAGCUGGAAAGGGGCUGGAAUGUGCCUGGGAAUUUGGGAAAGGGGCUGGGAUCUGUCAGGGAUCUCUGGGAAAGAGGCUGGAAUUGGAAUCAGCAAGAAUGGGGCUGAAAGUUGGGAAUGCUGGAAAACUGGGAAUGCUGGAAAGCUGGGAGUGAUGGAAAGCUGGGAGUGAUGGGAAGUUGGGAAUGAAGGAAGUUGGGCUGUUCUGGGAAUGUUUCAAAUCCCAAAAUUCCAGAUCCAAAUCAGGGAUGAAAUUCCAAAGAGAUGAAUCCCAACAGGGAAUAAAUCCCUCUUUUCCCAUGGAUUUAUGGAAUUCUGGGAUGCUUUGGGCUGGGAAGGAGCUCAGGGAUCAGGCAGGGACAUUCCCAGGUUUUUUCAGGUUAUUCCCAGAAAUUCCCUGCUGCUCCCUCUCCAGUUUUUCCCACAAAUCCCAAACUUUUCCAGGAUUUUCCCACUCCUGAUCCAACUGGGGGUUCCUUCCUGAGAAUCCCCAGCCCUAACACAGCUGGAAUUCCAGAAUUCCAGGAAUUCCCAGUGAAAUCCAAGGAAUUCCAGCUUUCCUGGAUCUUCUGAGCUUCCCAAACUCUGGGAGAAGCGGCCGGGGCGGCUCCGAAUUCCAAAGGAUUUCCUGGGAUUUUCCCAGAUCCUCUUAACCACCACCAGCUCCGGGAUCCUCGGCUCCGGCUCAUCCCGGCGGGACCCCAUGACCUUCCCUGACAGGCCCUCACCAUGAGUGAGGACUCAUGCCGCACCCGGAGCCAGAAGCGCGCCCUGGAGCGGGACUCGGAGCCCGACAGUAAAAAACUCAGGAUGGACAAAGGAAUUCUGGGAUCCGAGCUCGGCUCCGAGGGGGACAUGAAGAUCAAAGCUGAUCCCGGAGCCGGGAAAAUCCCGGGAAUGCUGAAAAGUGGGGAAGUCAAAGCCACCAUCAAAGUGGAGCUGCCGGCAGCGGCGGCUGGGGAUGAGCCCGUGGACAUGAGCACAUCCAAAGGGGAGUGCCGGCGGGAUCGGGAUCGGGACCGGGACCGGGAUCGGGAUCGGGAUCAGGACCGGGACCGGGAGCGCCGCGUUCCCUCCCCGGAUGUGAUCGUGCUGUCGGACAAUGAGCCCUCGAGCCCCCGCGUCAACGGCCUGGCCCGGCUCGCCCUGCCCGAGCCCGGCACCGAGGCCCUGCUGCGGAGCCCGGAGCAGCGGGAGCGCCUGAUCAAGCAGCUGCAGGAGGAGCUGAGGCUGGAGGAGGCCAAGCUGGUGCUGCUCAAGAAGCUCCGGCAGAGCCAGAGCCAGAAGGAGACGCCGGCACCCAAGCUUUCCUCGGGCCCCUCUGGAGGUGCUGCGGCCACACCCCCGCCCUUGGUGCGGGGCCCUCAGGCUGUUCCCGCUGGGAAAACUUCCCUCCAGCCCUCCUCCAGCCGCGUGCCGGGCUCCGGGCUCCCGCCCCCGCUGCUCCGGGGGGGCCAAGCGGCCGCCUCCAAGCAGAGCCCCCAGAUCGUGAUGCCCCCCCUGGUCCGAGGGGCCCAGCAAAUCCACACCAUCCGGCAGCACUCGAGCACGGGCCCGCCCCCGCUGCUGCUGGCCCCGCGCGCCUCCGUGCCCUCGGUGCAGAUCCAGGGCCAGAGGAUCAUCCAGCAGGGCCUGAUCCGCGUGGCCAACGUGCCCAACGCCAGCCUGCUGGUCAACAUCCCCCAGGCGUCCCCCACGUCCCUGAAGGGCUCGGCGGUGCCAUCAGGCCAGGCUGGCACGGCCCCGGCGGGUGGCACGGCGCUGGGUGGCACGGGCGAGGCCCCGGGCAGCCGGCAGGCCGCGGCCAAGCUGGCGCUGCGCAAGCAGCUGGAGAAGACGCUGCUGGAGAUCCCCCCGCCCAAACCGCCCGCGCCCGAGAUGAACUUCCUGCCCAGCGCCGCCAACAACGAGUUCAUCUACCUGGUGGGGCUGGAGGAGGUGGUGCAGAACCUGCUGGAGAGCCAAGGGAAGGUGGCGGUGGCCGUGUCCUGCCGGGAGCCCUACCUGUGUGCCCAGUGCCACACGGACUUCACGUGCCGCUGGCGGGAGGAGAAGAACGGCACCAUCAUGUGCGAGACCUGCAUGGCCUCCAACCAGAAGAAGGCCCUGAAGGCCGAGCACACGAACCGGCUCAAGGCCGCCUUCGUCAAGGCCCUGCAGCAGGAGCAGGAGAUCGAGCAGAGGAUCCUGCAGCAAACGGCCCCGCCCGGGCAGCCCAAGGCCGAGCCCGUGGGGCAGCACCACGCGCUCAAGCAGAGCUCCAGCCAGAUGUCUCGGGGUGCCUCCCGGGGGGCUCUGCACGCCUUCAGCCCCUCGCCCAAGCUGCAGAGCUCCUCGGGCAGCGCCGCGCUGGGCGGCCGGCCCGGCAAGCACGCCGACAGGGCCGGCAGCAAGGGCGGCGCCGCCUGGAAGAAAAACCCCAUCAGCACAGGUGGGGCCCUGCCCUUCGUCAGCCCCGCUCUGGCCGUGCACAAGUCGGCCUCGGCCGUGGAGCGGCAGCGCGAGUAUCUCCUGGACAUGAUCCCGCCCCGCUCCAUCCCACAGUCGGCCACGUGGAAAUAAUUCCCCAGGGAGAACUUUUCCAGGCUCUGCCAUCCUUUCUUUUCUACCACAAUUCCGUGGAAUCUGCUUUAAUCCCAGCUGGAUAACGCCCCGAGGCUUUCUAGGAUGCAGCACCACCACUCCUCAUCCGUCCCUGCCGGGAGAAGUGAUCGCGUCGGGGUGGCCGAAGCCCGGCUCCGUUGGCUCCCAGAUUUUUCAUGGAAGCUGGCAGGGAAAAGGGGGAAGAAUUCCUUAAAUUUUUUUUUUUUUUUUCUGGGCUUUUUUUUUUUUUGUUUCCUUAUUUAGUUCUAAAAAUUUUUUUGGCACCAGCACAACAAAAAAAAAAACAAACCACAACAAAAAGGACUCAGCGACUCCUCUCUGCCUUCGCCGACGCCGAACUUUUUUGCCGGGAACGUUCCGGAAUUCCGGAAUUUUGGGGCGUGGAGAGAGGAAUUCCAGCCCCAUCCUGCGUUUAGUGAGCCGAGUUCAUGGCUGCUCCUUCUCCCUGCUCCUCUUCCAGCCGGGAAAGCAGGCGGCACAUCCCGAGAUUCCCAAAAUUCCCGAGGAAAAAAGUGCAAAUCCCCGGUUCCGCUUGAGUUCCGGUUGGAUUUUUUUGCCCUGCCGCCCAAACCUUGGCUGGGAGGGUGGGAAUUGCUGCGGGAAAUUCCCACUUUUUCCCUUGGAUUCUGGUUGGAAUAGACUUUGGAACCUUUGGUAGUUUCCAAACCUUGCAGUUCCCGAGAGACAAAAAUCCACCUCGGUUCUUUCUCAUCCCGCCAAUUUUGGGCCUUCCCGACGUUCCCAGAGACUCCAAAGCGAAACUUUUUUGGGAAUUUUUUUUUUUUUUUUCCCUUUUGGGCAGGGUUGGUUGGGUUGUUUGGUUUGGUUUUUUUUUUUUUUUUUUUUCCCUUUCCUUUUCUGUUGUUGUUUUGAGGGAUAUUAUUCCAAAAUUUCCAGGAAUUCCAGAAGCUGAUGCAGGCAGGGAGGGUUGGGAGCUGUUCCCAAUCCUUCCCCCCGUGGUUCAAGUUCUUCCAGGCAUCCCAAGCACGCUCCUGUAUCCAUUUGGGAUGGAGUUUUCCACCUUUUUUUGGGAAUUCCAGAGGUUCAACCCAAAAUCCAUCCAGGGGGCCAGUUUGGUUUCAUUUUUGAUUUCUCAUCCUCUUUUUCUUUUUUCCUUGGGUUUCUUCCCGAAUUCCAGACCAAUCCAAGGGGCAGAAUUCCAGGCCUUAUUCCAGUUUUUUGGGGAAUUUUCUUGGGGAAAUUAUAAAUAUAUAUAAUUUAGAGAUCUAUAUAUAUUAAAAAAAAAAAAAAAGUGUGGUUUUGGGGGGUGGGGGGAGGGGAGGGAAAUUCAGGAAAAUCCGGAUUUAUUUUCUUAGGAAAGCCAAGAAUUCCUUUGGGAUCAUCCCCCUGGGAUCCGAGGGACAAACCCCUCCCUUUUCCCACUUUUUCCUGCUGUUUCCAUAUUUAGGGAUUUAGUUGAAACAAAAAAAAAAAACCCCAAACCACCUUGUUUUCCAAACUGGGAUUUGUUGGAUAAAAACCCCGGAAUUCCCAGCUGGAUUUGGAUUUUUUGGGGUGUGUUCCUUAGGGAUGUGAAGAGCUCAGAUGUGGGAAUUGGGUUGGAAUUUUGGAAUUUGGGAGUUUUUCUUUUCAUUCCAAGCUUGGAUUGGGAGAUGCCACCAGAGGGAUGACUUGGAAUUCCUUCAGUUCCAUUGGAUUUGAUGGAAAAGUUGCAGUUCCUUUCCCAUGGGGAAUUUUUUGGGGUUGGUUCAGGGGGAAUUUUCCUCUCCUGGAUGCCAAUGUUUAUAAAAAGUUCAUUUAUAACCUUAAAAAAAAAUAAUAAUAAUAAUCCCAACAAAAUUCCUCCAAUUAAAAUCCAAUUUUUUUUUUUUGGGGGGUGGGGGUGGGGGGAACCUGCUUUGUUUAUUCCCAGAGUUUGGAUAAUUCCUGAAAAAAAAUAAAAACAGGGAAUGGAAGAGUCACAGAAGGAUUCAAUGGGAUAAAAAAGAUGUCAAAACUUUCUUGGAUCCCAGCAGAAUUCCCUUGGAAAUUGGAAUUUCAGCCAAUUUUGGUUCGUUAAAAUAAUCAGGAAUGUUGGAAUUGAGGGAUUUGGAAUUAAAAAUCCAAACAAAUCUCUGCAUCCAGACUUCCAAAUAUUCCAUCCUGAUUUUUUUUUUUUGGAUGGAUAAUUCAUGAUAAAUCUCCCAAAAAAUUAUUUUGGGGGUUGGGGGGAAGAUUUGUUUGGAAGGGGAAGGAAAAUCCAGCAUGGAUUGAGGCUGGAAAACCAAAAUAUUUCAUGGGGUGGGGCUGAAAUUCCAAAUUCCCACCUGGAAUUUGACUCCUGGGAUCCAGCCUGGUUCUGAUGUGGGGGUUUUGUUUUUUCUGGAAUGUUCUUGGAAUGCUGCUGGGAAUUUGGAGGAUUUGUUUGAUUCCACCCAAAUGCCAAAUUUGGGAUCAGUUUGGGAAAGGAUUCCGGGAUGGUUUUUCCUCUGCAGCUCCGUGUUCCUGUGGGGUUUUUUUUUUUGGGAUUUUGGGAUGGUUCAGGUUCAAAGUUGUUCCAACUCUUCAAUACAGAUUUUCCAAACCUC